AUGACUGCAACCGUUGUGAUCGUCAGCCAAUCUUCGGCUCCGCGGUUAGGCGGUUUGGCACGACCGACUGUGAUGGAGUAUCAUCUAGUGACUGUUGACAGCGUCGGCGGCGGCAACAAGGACCGUUCAUCCUUGGGAUCAGAAGCCUCCACACCAGGACUUAUAGAUGACAAGACCGACUCCGAGGUCUCGGGAGACGAAGACUACCAGUACCACGCGCACACCGCUCAGCUGUGGGACAGCUUCUGGCGUCCGGAUGACCAGAAGCGCGGCCACGACGUCGACCCUGCGAAGAAGGACAUGUGUGGCGGCAUCGGCAGCGGCCGCACCGACUCACCCGCCAAGAGCGCCGGAGACCGACACGGCCUGACCGUCGCCGUCAAGGUGGACGGCGGAGCCGGCCAGGCUCUCGCCCACCCUCGCAAGCAGUAUCCUGCCCUGAUCCCCUCUCCGCAGCAGCACCAGCGUCACCGUGCCCAGACCGAUAUCACGCCCCACCGUCCCGCGGCGGCGGAGAGGCCGUCGUCACGCAGCUCCGGCAACGGAUCCUCGUCCUCGUCCUCGUCCUCGUCUUCUCCUCCUUCUUCCCGCGCCCGUCUCCCUGCAGCAAACUACCCUCCCUUCCCCAAGCCUCUAGCCAUCCCCACGGCCCGCAAGCCCAUCACGCCGUCAUGGGAGAGCUCUCGUCCCCAGCCUCCCCAGAAGCCUCCGCGCCCACCCCGUCCGGACGAGAGGCUCCUCCUCUCACCGUGCCUCAAGCAGCAUGAGCCGUCGUCGUCGUCGUCAUCUUCGUCCAACAUGACCUCGACGCACCUCUCGUCCCACGUGGCCGACCUGCUGAUCACCAGCCCCCUGUCGGAGCGGUACAUGGGUUACCGUCACGGCCAGACCCUCGAGUCGGAGGAGCAGGUGCAGGAGCAGCUGCACUCUCACAUCCAGAUGCAGCGCCAGAAGGAGCACGAGCAGCGCAUGCGCGCCCAGAGAAAGGCCCAGAAGGAGCAGCAGGACCGCCAGGACCGGCGCGACGUGGGCCAGCAGCUCCGCCAGGAGAAGAUCCUCCUCGAGCAGCACCACCGUGAGAUGAAGACCCAGCUGCGCCAGAAGAAGUCCAAGCCCUCGCUGGCGGACUAUAUCCCUCCGCCGCCUCCUCCUCCACCUUGUUCCGACAAGCCGGACCGUAACCUCCGGUCCAUGAAGUCGGCCGCGUCUAUCCGUCCCGUCCAGGUCUCGGGGGAGAUGGCCCGCCCCAAGACAUCUCACGGCGGCGACGGCGACGGCGGCGGCGGCGGCGGCGGCGGUCAUCCCCGUCCCGACACAGCGGAGAGCCAGCCUUCGUCGAAGGCGCAGCAUCAGCAUCACCAGUCCAGCAGUGCCGGCAGCAACGGUAACGGCAGUGGCGGUAGCGCCGCUGCCGCUCUCCUGCUUCGUCGUCCCAAGAGUUCCAAGACUCUUUGCCGCCUCGACUCGAUAGAGAUGAAGCACCAGCAGUACCGGCAGCAGCACAGACCCAAGACCCAGCAGCAUUGUGCGGGUAUCACGCCCUCCCCCGAGCCGCAGUCCGUCUUCGAGGACGACUCGGACGACGACGGAGGCGGUCGGUCAUUCUUCCGCUUCCACAAGCGCGCUACCAGUGACGUGCGGAGGGUCUCGCGCCAGCACUCCCAGCCUGACAUUGACCUUCGCGGUAGGCGUCGCGGCCUCACUACCCCCUCGCCUACGAGGGGCCUCAUGGCUCCCGGUCCUGGUGCUGGCUCGUCUGCCACUACCACCAACAGUACUGCUGACAAGAAGCGUUCUGGCGCUGAUGUCUUUGGUCGUAUGCUUGGACGUCGCAGUCGUUGA